CACAAAACCAAACCAACUCCCUCUACUCUCUCUCCCACGCACACGCACAAUCUCAUCUCUUUCAAGCUUUGCGUGAAAGAAAGAAAGAGAGAGAUAGAUGGGUACGAUAAACCAAGGAAUAAGCUUUUACGAUGAACCACAAAACAUCAUAAACCCUAACAGUAACCAUCUGGGUUUUUUUCUCUCUUUCCCUAAUCAAACAUUACCUUCUUCGCUUUCAUCCUCUCCUUCUCUUGUGUCUCCAUUUAUAGGUCAUCACUCCUUAAACUCCUUCCUUCAAAAUAAUCUUCCUUCAUUUUUAACUCAUCAUCAAGAUCAGCCCAUCAAUUCCAUGGCGAAUCUCCCAGAAACCCUAAUAUCGACCUCCUCGUCAAAGCAAAAGGAUGCUGCUCAUCAUGAUGGUAUAGUUAAUCUUGAUAAUCAUCGUCUUACCGGUGGUAUAUCAUCCCAAAGGCCUUCUUUAAAUCAAUGGGCAGGGAGUUGCCAAUCAGAAUAUGGAUACAGUAAGAAAAAUAACCAUGAGAGCGAGAUACAUGUAAAUGAUAUUGAUGAUGAUGUCGGUAAUGGUGGACGUAUCAAUGAUGAUGAGGAUCAUCAACAUCAUGAUACUCAUCCUCGUCGUCAUAAACAUAAUACGACGCCGGUAGGAGUAGUGUGUACUCUAAAGAUGAAGAAGCUUAAGACAAGAAGAAACGUAAGGGAGCCUCGGUUUUGCUUUAAGACGCUAAGUGAUGUUGAUGUCUUAGAUGAUGGAUAUAGAUGGAGAAAAUAUGGUCAGAAAGUUGUCAAAAACACUCAACAUCCCAGGAGCUAUUAUAGAUGCACACAGGACAAGUGUAGGGUGAAGAAGAGAGUGGAGAGAUUAGCAGAUGAUCCAAGAAUGGUAAUCACUACUUACGAAGGAAGACAUCUUCACCCUCCUUCUAAUCAUCUCGACGACGACUCUCUCUCCUACUCUCACCACUCUCCUCUCUCCAACUUCUUUUGGUGAUAUUAUAAUUCCUCUUGAUUGUUUAUAUCUAAAAUUAAUCAAUAUUCCUGCCUCAACACUAAUCAUCGCUAUAUUAAUCAAUACCUUGAUAAUAACUAAUAACUACAGUAUAUCUAUAUUCUCGUUAGGAAAUAGGUACGUGGCUUUAUAUGUGUAAUGUUUUUGUGUGGUGGCCUAGGUUUGUUUUUAUAACAUUAACAAUGUACUUUUUACAAUCUGAGGAUUAUGUAUGUGGACGUGUCGGGAAGCGAUUCCUUAUUCUGUGGUGUGAUUGGCAAAGUGUUAGACCAUCUCCAUCCAUUAGUACCCCUAAUGGGUACUUAAGAAUAAAUAAAUAUUUAUUUUUGUGAUUUGAAAGUUUAAGUAUCC